AUGGAAGCCAAAUAUCAAGUCGUGCAUGACUUGGAGCGGGAGGAGCACCCGGAGACGACAACUGAUGAUGCUAUCACAACAGAAGAUGGUCCCACCUCGGAGGAGGAGCCUACUUCGACAGAAGACACGCCUCUGACGGACUCGGCUCCGUCGACACCAUCGGCAUCCGAACAUGAAGCAUUCGCGACUCCACCAACUGGGGAGGAGUCGAGGCCAGCAACUGCUUCGAGACCAACAACCGCUGAGCCGACUCUCCGGGAGCAGCUUAGCGAAGCUCGAAGAGAAGCACGUCGGCAAUCUCGAGCGGAAGCAGCCAACAACAACUCGACUCCCACUCAGGAGAAGCAGGUGAACCAGGAGAAGCAGGUGAAUCAGGAAAAGCAGGAGCGAGUGUCCCAGUCUGAUGAGGAUGACUUUCCCGAAGGAGGUCUGCGUGCCUGGCUGGUGGCUAUUGGUACAGCAGCCAUUCUGUUCUGCUCGUUGGGCUACACGAACUCCUUUGGAGUAUUCCAAGCUUAUUACAUGCAACACCAGCUUGCAGAUUAUACGCCUGACGAUAUCUCCUGGAUCGGAUCUAUCCAAGCGUUCUUGGUCUUUGCCUCAGGAGCCAUUGGAGGCCCAGUCUUUGACCGGUAUGGCGCAUGGGUCAUUCGUCCUGCAGCUAUCAUCUAUGUGUUUUCAAUCAUGAUGACCAGUCUCUGCAACCGGUAUUGGCAGUUCAUGUUGGCUCAGGGCGUUCUCAGCGGUCUCUCGAACGGCCUGAUCAUGUUUCCCGCAAUGGCCGCCACACCUCAGUACUUCUUCAAGAAGAGAGGAGCAGCCAUGGGCAUUGCAAUUGCUGGCUCAUCCAUCGGCGCGGUCAUCUUUCCCAUCGUGUUGUCAGAACUCCUGGACCGAAUUGGAUUUGGCUGGGCUGUCCGCGUCUGCGGCUUCACCAUGAUCCCGCUACUCCUCUUUGCCUCUUUUGCAGUUAGAGCUCGUCUCCCCUCUCGAAAGACCAAGUUCUUCCUCUGGUCAGCAUUCCGGGACCCCCUCUACUGCUUACUCAUUGCCGGAGUCGCCUUCAUGUUCAUCGGCAUGUUCAUCCCGCUCUUCUACCUACCGACUUUCGGCAUUGCCCAUGGUAUGGAUUCGGCGCUCGCGUCAUAUCUUGUGGCCAUCAUCAACGGAGCAUCUGUACCGGGACGAAUUGUCCCGGGCAUUCUUGGCGACAAAUUUGGCCGCAUCAACAUCCUCUUCUUCGCCGGAAUGUUCACGGCAAUUUCGAUUUUUUCAUGGACCAAGGCAACCACAAACGCGGGGAUUAUUGUGUUCUCCGCAUGUUACGGACUGACAUCCGGAGCCAUCAUCUCUGGAGGAUCGGUGGUGUUUACUCUAUGUCCGAAGUCGCCAAAGGAAAUCGGCACUUACAUGGGCAUGGGUGUCGCCUUCGCUUCCGUGGCUGUGCUCAUCGGACCGCCCGUUAGCGGUGCCCUGUUGAAUAGGUUCGGCGGGUUCCUCCAGAUCUCCAUCUUUGGCGGCGUGAUGUGUAUGACGGGUGUGGUCUUCACCUUGUUUGCCAAGUUUUUCACCAAGGAGGGUGUCUUUGGGCGCAUAUGA